AGCAAGAGAACCCGAUUCCGGACGAGAGCAAGGAAAAGAAAGACAAUGCCGGCAAUGCGUGGUUCCCCGCCUCCCAAUUCAUGAUCGACUACAACGAGCAAAAACACACUGACAUUCUCGGAGCUCUGCGAAACGCCUACUUCGAGCCUGAUAAGGGAGAUAGCAGCAUAUAUUCUUACGACUAUCAAAGGAAAGAAAAUAUUGGAAUCAAGCAGGCGACAAAGCUUGCCUACAGAGCUCCGGCAUACGUCGUAAAUGUUCUCUCAAUUUGCUCCUGUGCCGGAGCAGAAUCCUGCGCCGCACUGCAUGACCAUUGACUGCGCAAUAAGUGUAGUUGACCGAACCAAUUAUAGUUGCUAAUUGAUAUUGAUUCUCAAAAAUUUUGCCCCAAUACUGCAUUGGAACCCCACGACCCUCGGCCGGCCUGGUUGGAGGGUAUGGAAAUGCGGACGAAGCAGGUACCGGCGGAAGUUCAGAUAAUCACAGAUAGCCAAGGACGAACACGAACGAUUCAAGGCACCAGAUAUGGACUCCAUCGGAAGGCCCACCUCCGGAAACUGCCGGAAAUUUUGCGGCUCGAGGUGAAUCGUUUCACAUACGAGAAUAACGGAAGCACCCGCAAAAAGAUGCAUUAUCUAGAGGCCCCCAGGCUUUUCUACAUCGACGGGGAGGCGAGCCGGAAUGGUCCAAGUGGCAUCCACACGGAGUUUCAGCGUGCGCGCUUGCGCAAUCCGCACUGCCCCGGGGAGACAACAGCUUAUACAGAGUGGGCAAGGCAAACUCGGAGACGGGGUAUGGACCCCGUGUCCCAGUUGUACGAGCUACAUGCGGUGAUUUUGCACCACGGCCCCACCCCGAAUUGCGGCCACUACACGGCUGUUGUGAACAUCGGCACAGCCCAGCAAUCUCCGCGGUGGCGACAUUUCGACGACCAGCUGGUGACAGAAGUCCUGACGACCUCCGUGGUAGGUCCUUCCGGUAUUCUAGACAAAUAUCUGAGAGAACGAGCUGGGGAGGGCAAAACCAUAAACAUGCUGCUCUACAAGAAGAAGAAGCCCGACGCCGCAUCGCCACCAUAUCAGGGCGCCGCACUGAUCGGGCCUUCAGGGUCUGAAAAUGGUGACCCGUUUGUCC